CCAAUCAACAGAAACUUUCCUAACAGAGAUUUGUAAGAUGGCGACAGCCGAACCGGAAAGCAACCCAAGUCCCCCCCAGCCUGAUGAAGAUGGAGCUGAGGAGCCUGGACAGGAGAUUGUGAGCCCAGAGGCCUACAUGAAACACCCCCUUCAGAACAGAUGGUCUCUGUGGUUCUUCAAGAAUGACAAGAGCAAAACAUGGCAGGCCAACCUGCGACUCAUCUCUAAAUUUGACACCGUUGAAGAUUUCUGGGCCCUCUACAACCAUAUCCAGUUGUCAAGCAACCUCAUGUCAGGCUGUGACUACUCCCUUUUUAAGGAUGGCAUUGAACCCAUGUGGGAGGAUGAGAGGAACAAGCGUGGCGGACGCUGGCUGAUUACACUCACCAAGCAGCAGAGGAGAUUAGACCUGGACCGCUUCUGGCUGGAAACUCUCCUUUGCUUAGUCGGAGAGGCCUUUGACGACUACAGCGAUGAUGUCUGUGGAGCCGUGGUCAACAUCCGCACGAAAGGAGAUAAAAUAGCCGUCUGGACAUCAGACUACGAGAACCGGGAAGCUGUAACGCACAUAGGGAGAGUUUACAAGGAGCGCUUGGGGCUUCCCAUGAAGAUGACUAUCGGCUACCAGUCUCACGCAGACACAGCCACCAAAAGCGGUUCAACCACCAAGAACAAAUUUGUUGUUUGAGAAAUGCCCUAUGUGCCUCUUUUCAUUUUCUUGUCUUAUUUGUUGUUGGUGCAUAUGUUUACUUUGCUGCAAAGACUCUGCGGAAUGCAAUCUGGAAGAGAAAAAAACUAUUCAAGGCUACUUGCCAAAUGUUUCCAUAACCUGCCCAGGACUUGUGCCACACAGGAAAAAAUCCCCAUGGAAAACAGAUGAACACAACAUCAUUCUUCCACAACACUAACAAUGAGAGGUAUGAAAAGUAUAUGACAUUUAGAGUGCUUUGUACUCUAUUAAGGAAAUUUGUGUUGAUUUUAUUUUUUUUUAAUGCAGGGAAUCUUGAAAUGCAAAAAAAUGUAUAUUUCUCUCCCGUUUUUUUUACAGCAUUGCUGGUGUGCUGUAAUCGUUAAUGACAAUAAAGCCUUUUAAUUUAUUAUAGUAAUUAGCCUGCUUAUCAUUAGAUUGUUAAAACUUUGUUUCAUUUUUAACUUUUUUUGCCUUGAUCUGUUGCACGUAAUCAAUCUUUUUAAAGUAUUACAUGGCCCAUAUUCAUUUGAGUGUUAAUAUAAUUAAAACAUUGGUUUUGCAAUUA